AUGGCUGCUCGUAUGUGUUUAAGGAUUGCUAAAUCAGAUAAAAAAGGAUCGCCUGCUUCCAGCCACUGGAAAUCUGAGAGAAUUGUUUCCGUUGCCUUAUUAGCAGCAUUACCGGCUGGUUAUUUAUAUCCUGGAAAUAUCGUCGACUAUUCUUUGGCUAUCCUAAUACCUCCUCAUGUUUAUUGGGGCUUUAAUGGAAUAAUUGGAGAUUACUUACCCAAAUCUCUGGUAGGAGUAACACAAGGCGCGAUCAUGAUUCUUUCUGUUAUGACUUUUAUUGGAUUAGCCUAUUUCAACUAUAGCGAUGUGGGAAUAUGUAAAGCGGUUGAAAUGCUCUGGCAAAUGAAGACAACAUAA